CAACUCUUCCUCCUUCCCCGUGGCUUUUUCUUUUCCCAAUGAGCUCCAGCGGGUUGGGGGAGGAGCGGGGAAAGGAGCAAACUUUGCCCCUGAGCUGCAGCCGCUGCCAGCCCUCUGGACUGUGAGUGCGUGCGGUGGGCAUCCGUCCUCCCUGCGGCACCAGCCUGCUCUCCGCCUGCUGCUGCCUCUCCCUCUCCCUGCUUUCCUCCUCUAAAUUUCGCACAGUACGAUGUAGUGGGCUUGUCGUUAUUUUUUAUUUAUUUCUCGCCGAAGAUGGUUUAAUUUUUUAAUAUUGCUAUUAUUUAUUAACCCUUCCCACCCGUAAACCUGCCCAGCCUUCUGCCAGCUGGGCCAGAGCGUAAAGCCUGGGACUGCACCUGGGGCAAUGAGCCCUGCACUGAAGAAGCCUCCUAGAGGGAUGUGCCGGGGCCACGCAACAGACUAGAUCCAAGCCCCGAAGCCUACAACACCAGUUAUCCCCUUCUCCCUCGCCCCCUUCGCCCGCCUUUUCUACGCUCCCAGCCCCUUGAACACCUCGGAUCAGUGCCUGCGCUGCGCUCCGGAGAGCUUUGCCGGGGUGGAAAGCCCGGAGCCGCCGAGCGACGGGGCGGCCGUGCUAGAUGCAUGGGGGAGGGCUCCGGUUAAUGCAAGUCCUGGGCUCCUGCAGGGACCCCGACAACUGUCAGCAGCAGCAGCUACUCGGGGCCUCCUCCUCUGCUUCCUCAGCGAUGCUUUUCCACAGUUUGUCCGGCUCGGAGAUGCAUGGGGUCAUCGACGAGAUGGAUCGGAGAGCCAAAAGCGAAGCGCCAGCCAUCAGCUCGGCUAUAGACAGGGGAGAGACCGAAACGGUAGGAGGCGAAGGAGUGGGAGAGUCAUUCAACCCCCUAAACUUAAUGAACCCCUCAAAGAUUUCCCUUAAAAUAGCAGAUCGGGGGGAAACCUAUGCAAAUACUAAAUCAGAAUCAAAUUUAAGCAUAAAGGUACCCCAAAAGAUUAAAUUAAAACAUGGGGCAAGGCAUGAAACUCAUCUUUUCUGCUUGUUCUGGGACUGGCAAAUCCACAAAACAAUUCUUGGGUCUCAUUCGGACGUCUUCCUUAAGCCCCAGGUUGUUUUUCUUCUUGUUUCACCUCCUUCCCCAAAUCCUGGCUCGUCUCUCGGGAUGGGGGGAUGCCGCCGGCUGCGGGACCCUGGGGAUCCCGUUGCCGGCGCAGGAGCCCCUCUCCCCCGCCGCCUUCCGGGCGGCCCCGGCGGAGGCGGGAUGCGCCUCUCACCGUCUCCUCUGGCCGUUCUGUUUUGCAGGAGGUUUUCGGUGCAGAGAUGUGCGAGAUGUCACCUGGGGAUUUCUGCCUCCGAAAUGGUCAUGAGGGCCAGGGAUUUGGUAUAUCACCUAAAUUGCUUUACUUGCACCACUUGCAACAAGAUGCUGACCACCGGCGACCACUUUGGCAUGAAAGACAAUCUGGUGUAUUGCCGCCUCCAUUUCGAGACUCUCAUCCAGGGGGAGUACCAGGUGCAUUUCAAUCACUCGGAUGUAGCCGCUGGGAAGGGCCCAGCACUGGGAGCGGGCUCUGCCAAUACUUUGGGACUGCCUUAUUACAACGGCGUGGGGACUGUCCAGAAGGGGAGACCCAGGAAAAGGAAGAGCCCAGGGCCUGGGGCAGAUCUGGCAGCCUACAAUGCAGCUUUAAGUUGCAAUGAAAACGAUGGUGACCACCUGGAUAGAGACCAGCAAUACCCCAGCAAUCAAAAAACAAAGCGUAUGAGGACAUCAUUCAAACACCACCAGUUGCGGACAAUGAAGUCAUACUUUGCUAUUAACCACAAUCCUGAUGCCAAGGACUUGAAACAGCUAGCUCAGAAAACCGGCCUGACCAAAAGAGUUCUUCAGGUUUGGUUUCAAAAUGCUCGAGCCAAAUUCAGACGGAACCUCUUACGUCAAGAAAACACAGGGGUGGAUAAGACUUCAGAUUCAACACUCCAAGCAGGGACCCCAUCAGGUCCUGCCUCAGAAAUAUCCAAUGCCUCCAUGAGUCCAUCCAGCACUCCCACUACCUUAACGGACUUGACUAAUCCUACUAUGCCUACUGUGACAUCUGUCUUGACGUCAGUGCCCGGAAGUCUUGAGGUUCAUGAAUCUCGAAGUCCUUCACAGACAACUCUUACAAAUCUUUUCUGAUGACUCUUUCUCAAUAAUUUCUUUAAAAAAGAAAUUAUUUUUAGUUGAAAUUCCAAGUGUAUUUUAAUAGAGGCUUUGAGCAACUGACUAACCACAAUUAGGAUCUCUCCUAAAAACAGAAGGAAAUGUAGUGUUCUGGUGUUAUGGAGUAUGGACUGAAGAAUAACUUGGAAGAUCUAUUGCAACACAACAUUUGUGUAACUGUACAGUUUUGUGGACUGAGCAAGGGAAACAGCAAUUAAUUUAAGUUGGCUAAAGCUUCUGUAUUUUCAAAGACUGCCAUGUGCCUUAUAUACUGUUUUAUCUACAUACUUUGGAUUCCAUGUCCAUUUCUCUCUUUUUCUCUCUGUAUAUUUAUGACCAAGGCAAAAAUGUUAAGAGUUUGUUACUUUGAAUAGUCCUAAGCCUUUCAUUGGUUGCUUUGUUGUUUUAGAAUUUUGAGGUCAAAGUCUGUUCGAAUGCCAGAAUUUGUAAAAUCUAACCAGUAAUAAAACCACUUACGGAAACUA